AGACUCAGGCUCGCAAAUUCAGUACCUCAAAAUACAACUGCAACUUUGCCCUUUGCACUAUUUCAUUCCUUCACGACCUUCAUGCGAAAAUGGCUUCCUUAAAUACAUCAACGAAUGGCCCCUCCAUAAAAUCGUCAUACCAAGGCGUGGUCAAUUCUGCUGCACCAUCCGGAGCCGCCGCGAACUCGCCAACCUAUGGACAAUGGGCAAUCUUCUCGGUCUCAGCCCCGCUUGUUAACGCUUUCCAACAAGAUAGUGGUGGUAAGGAAAGUGUCUUGAAAGUUCAGGAUACAGGUGAGGGGGAGCUCAGUGACCUGAUCGAUGAGUUCUCGGAAGGCCGAGUUCAAUUUGCGUUCCUCAAAGUCAAGGAUCCCAAUACUACAUUACCGAAAUAUGUCUUGAUCGGAUGGUGCGGGGAAGGAGUGCCAGAAAGAACAAAAGGCUAUUUCACCAGUCAUCUCGCUGCUGUUUCGAAAAUUCUUCACGGCUACCACGUCCAAAUUACGGCCCGCUCUGAUCGCGACCUGACGCCUGAGAGCAUUGUCCAAAAGGUCGCAGAUGCUUCUGGUGCAAAAUACUCAUCUGGCAGUGCCCCUCCUCCACAAUCCUCUGGUCCUCCACCUCCGUUGGCCUCGAAGCCAGUCUUUAAUCCUACUACCCGGUCAAGCGGAACCUCGGGCUUCAAUCCUUUAGCAAGUUCAAGAUCCACACGGAACAAUGCAAAUGUGGAUGAUGAUGGAUGGGGUGCCGACGCUCCGCCAGUUACGAGAUCUCAACUUGAGAAGGUUCAGCCUGCAUACAAACCUACCAAAGUCAAUAUGGCAGAGUUGACCAAACAGAAGCCGGAGCCCACACGAUUCAAUGGUGGCAGCCAAGGAGACGAGAAUACCGGUGCGGACGUUGUGAAGGGUGGCUAUCAGCCAAUUGGCAAAGUGGACAUUGCAGCUCUUCGUGCUCAAGCGAAGAGUAGUGGAGAUGAUAGACCAACUAUUGUGAAGGGUGCAUACGAGCCGGUUGGCAAGGUUGACAUCGCAGCUAUCAAGGCUAGGGCGCAGAAACCAUCUGAUGACGGGCCUCGACAACUCUCUCCUGCUGUGACUGGGACAUCUGGCACAAGCGACGAACCAAAGUCUCUUGCAGAUAGGUCUGCUGCAUUCUCUCAAUCAGAACGACUUACAACGUUGCCCAAGCCCAAAAUUGCGAAUCGAUUUGGCUCUAGUGCUUCUAACUUUACUGGUACCAAAGCACCAACUCCUGGAGCUUUCGGCCUUCAAUCAGCCCCCACAACUGCCGCACCUGCACCUGUUGGCGCUGCAAGCAGAACGUUUGCUAAUGAGGGAGGUAAAACACCACAACAGAUUUGGCAAGAGAAGAAAGCUCGAGAGCGAGGCUUAAGCGGAGCUGGAAAUAUCACACCAAGCAUGACUUCACCUAUCAAGAGUCAAACUAGUGGAGGAGGAGAAUGGAAGAGCGGCUAUAGUGGCAAGUCAUGGGCUCCUGUGGCUACUAAUCCUACUGGCCGUUCUGGAACUGGAAGUAUCGGUCAACAACGAACAGGCGAAGAAGAGCAAGAACAAGAAGCACCAUCAUCACCAGUUGGAGGUAUUAGUGCUAUCCGAGACAGAUUCAAGGGCGGUGCGCCAAUGGGGGCACCAAGCAUGACGAGAUCAACGACAGGCGACCAAUCUCCACCACCUCCUCCUAUCAACAUGUCAACCAGACCAGUCGGCGGUGUUGCUAUGCCAGGUCUGCCAUCACGACCAAAAUAUGAUGACGAGGAGGAAGAGGAACAGAGCCGCCCUAACAUCCCACCUCCACCCUCUGUACCACGAAGCCCCACCCCAGAGCCAGAAGAAGAAGAAGAACGUGAAUCAUCACCCGUUCGACUCGCCAUGCCUGUUUCUCGAAGCAAGGAGCCUGAGAUGGAAGCAGCAGAAGAACUUCACCCACCUCCCGCUCUUCCAACCAGCAUGGGCCGUAACGUACCCCAAGAGCCAGAACCAGAGGAAGAGCCAGAGGGUCACGACACUGCACGUGGUGCUGGUGCAGCAAUGGCAGAAGCCUCAUUCGGUCAACAAGCAUCUACCACCAACCAAGGUUCUGCCGCAAGUGGCAAGCGAGCCCUCAUCUCAUACGACUACGAGAAAGCAGAAGACAACGAGCUCGAGCUCACCGAAGGCGAGUAUGUCACCAACAUCGAAAUGGUCGACGAGGAUUGGUGGAUGGGUACGAACUCUAAAGGCGAGAGUGGUCUCUUCCCAAGCAACUAUGUCGAGCUCGUCGACGAAGAAGAAGAAGCUCCUCAACACGAACCCGAACCUACACCCGCACCAGCAAUGGCACCUCGACCUUCUGCUCCAGCAGCUGCUCAAUCUGGACCUACCGCCACUGCUCUAUACGAUUACGAAGCCGCAGAGGACAAUGAACUAAGCUUUGACGAAGGCGCCAAAAUCACUUCUCUGGAAUUCCCAGACGAGGAUUGGUGGCAUGGCUCGUUCAACGGCAAAUCAGGACUCUUCCCAGCCAACUAUGUACAACUUGAUGAAUGAAUGAAGGCUCCUUUGAGCUAGGGCGACAAGGUUUGGGCAGACUUUUCGUGUUCUUAUCUUAGACAUAGCAAAAAUUUUCCCAUCAAAAUACAAAUUCUGCUAUGGUCUUUGCCAAACAAAAUUCUCCUGUGGUCAUUUAGUGGUAGGUGCUUUAUGUUGUGAUUUGAGGUCAUGUGAUCCCCAG